AUGACCCAGGUGGAUCGAGUUUAUUCGGGGCGACAUCUCAAUGACCAGUCAGUAUACCAUAGUGACGAUGAGUCCAACCAUAGUGAAUCGUCCAUCGAAAACAGGCAUGAGCCCGACACUGUUCAGGAAGUGCGGAAUGGGAUUGUGAACGAGCGCGAUCUGGAUCUAGAAAAAGCCGACGUUCCACAGGCCGAACUUGAAAAAUCGAGGACGGCAAAGUCAAAUCGGUCUCGGCACGACCCAAAACUGGUAAAAUGGGAUGGCCCUGAAGACCCCGAAAAUCCGAAAAACUGGACCAACAGGAAGAAAUGGGCUGCUACCAUUACCGUGUCACUAUUCACAUUCAUCUCGCCGGUGUCUUCGUCGAUGGUUGCACCGGCACUGCCAUCACUAGCAGCGGAUCUUAAAGUCACGGAUGAGGUAGUCUCACAACUUAUGCUCUCAAUCUUCGUUCUGGCCUACGCUGUUGGCCCAUUAUUCCUCGGGCCACUGUCAGAGAUAUACGGCCGAACCGUCGUGCUGCAGCUCUCCAACCUCUUCUUCCUAGUUUUCAACAUAGGGUGUGCCGUAUCACAAACGAAAGUCCAAAUGAUUGUCUGCCGAUUCUUUGCUGGACUAGGAGGCAGUGCCCCACUAGCAAUCGGCGGCGGUGUCCUAUCAGAUUGCUUCCGGGCUGAAGAGCGUGGAAAAGGAAUCGCAAUCUACAGUCUCGCACCACUCCUAGGCCCAGCCCUGGGCCCCAUAGCAGGAGGCUUCAUCGCCGAAAACACAACCUGGCGCUGGGUGUUCUAUUCGACCUCAAUAACCGACGCCCUGGUCCAAGUAAUGGGCCUCUUCUUCCUACGCGAGAGCUACGGCCCGAAAAUCCUCCUCGACCGUGCAGUCCGUCUGCGUAAAGAAACAGGCGACGAAUCCUAUCAAACAGAAGCAGAGCGCCAAAAUAAGACCCUGCCCGAAGUCCUACGUAGCUCACUCAUUCGUCCCUUCCGCCUCCUCCUCACCCAGCCAAUCGUGCAAGUCCUAGCCCUAUUCAUGGCCUACAUCUAUGGAAUCAUGUACCUCGUCCUCUCAACAUUCCCUACCCUCUGGACAAGCCCAAAUUACUACAACGAAUCAACCGGUAUCGGAGGCCUGAACUAUAUUUCUCUCGGACUAGGCUUCUGGCUCGGCUCCCAGAUCUGUGCCCCACUCAACGACCGCAUCUAUCGGCGUCUCAAGGCCCGCAACGACGGCGUCGGAAAACCGGAGUUCCGCGUCCCACUGCUCUUCGUCGGCGCUUUCUUUAUCCCCACUGGUUUGUUCAUCUACGGCUGGACCGCCCAGUACCACUGCCAUUGGAUCGCGCCGAAUAUCGGCGCUGUACUGUUUGGUACUGGCAAUAUUAUUGCCUUCCAGUGCAUCCAAACUUAUAUGGUUGAUACGUAUACGCGGUUUGCGGCUAGUGCGCUUGCUGCUGGUGCAUUUCUGCGCUCGAUAGCUGGGUUCGGCUUCCCACUUUUUGCACCGUAUAUGUAUAUUGCUUUAGAAUAUGGGUGGGGGAAUAGUUUGUUGGCGUUUGUAGCUAUUGUCAUCGGUGUGCCUGCACCGGUGUUUUUGUGGAAGUUCGGGGAGAAGUUGAGGAAAAAGAGUCCAUUUGCGGCCGGCUAG